AUGCAUCUUUCUGUCGUUAUAGGGGGAAGUGAGCCAUGCAAUGAAGAGGUUUCUUCUGUACCUAGAAAUACUGUGUUCAGAAUGGACAUGGACACAAAGAAAUGGACCCAAAUCAGCGACAUGAAUGUUUACAGACAUAGUCAUUGCGCAUGCGCGUUGAAAGGACAAAUUUAUGUAAUUGGUGGCAGAGGCAAAUAUGACAGUGUGCUGCUGUCAGUGGAAAGUUAUGAUCCGAAGACAGACGGUUGGUACUUCGUUCCGUCUCUACCUGAACCAAUGUUCGCGGCUAGCGCGGUUACCCUUGGUUCCCGGAUGAUUGUGACCGGCGGCAUAGGGACUAACAGAAACAACCCAUCUGCGUUGCAUGUGCUCAAUACUGUAUACAGCUACAAUACCAUAUCAAAUGGCUGGACCAAAUUACACCCGUUAAGGUUUCCACGAUGUUUCUCAAACCUGGUCAAUGUAAAUGGCAAACUAUACCUCUGUGGUGGAGCUACUAGGACGUAUGAGGCGAAGAACUCACUUCUAUGCAGCGUUUCCGCUAUAGACAGGUAUGACGCGGUUGAUGGCGAAUGGCAUCACGUGACAGAUCUAGUUAUACCGAGACAUGAUUCUGGAGCUGCUAUCGCAGGUAAAAAAAAUCACUAUUGAAUCACUUUUUAACAA